AUGAGGACCAAGCAAGUGAACUUGCUCAUUUCCUUCGUCGCGGUCACGCUCUUCAGCUUCUCCUGCUUCUGCAUCUCCAAGCUGACUCAAACUUACAAUCAAUUAAUUAGUUGUAGAAGCCAUGUUUUGGAGUUUAGGGAAAACAUGCUGCAUUUAAAAAACAAAACUGAACACAACCGUCUAGAGCUGCUGAGAGCCUUGAAUCAGAUGAAGUAUGAAAUUACGCUGAAAGAGAAUGUUUCCAGAAGCUUAGAUGAGAAAACGGUUACCCCAAGGGAGAAUGAAACUGAAUCUAAUAGAUUUGAAGCCUUGAAAUUCUUUCUUCCUCAUCUAAGGCAAGUUUCCAGGAUCUAUCCUGAUGUAAUCAUCAGCAAAGGGAAAACAAAUGUUACCUUCGCGCUAGGUAUUUCCACAGUUAACAGAGGAACUCAAAGUUACCUGAAGCAAACACUGAACUCCAUCAUCACCAGGAUGACACCUUCAGAAGAGAAGGACUCCGUGGUGAUUGUCUCUGUUGCAGAUAGUAAUGAAGAUUAUUUAAAGUCUGUUGUUGACAUGAUUACGAAAAGGUUCAAAAGGCAAGUGAAGUCUGGAUCCCUAGAAGUCAUUUCAGUACCAGCCUUUUUAUACCCAGAUAGUUUACAUGGCCAGCAACCAACUGAGGUCUCAGAAUUUAAGAGUUGGCAAAGGAAACAAGUAUUGGAUUUUUGUAUAUUGAUGCUGUAUGCCCAGUCCAAGGCCAUAUAUUAUUUACAGCUAGAAGAUGAUAUUAUAGCUAAAAGGAUGUACUUCACAAAAAUGACAGAUUUUUUACAUAAUAUCACUUCGAAUAAUUGGUUUUAUAUUCAGUUUUCAGUACUUGGAUUCAUAGGAAAACUGUUUAGAACUGAGGACUUGCCUGGCUUUGUACAAUUUUUCUUAAUGUUCUACAAAGAUAAACCCAUAGACUGGCUCUUAGAGAGUUUAUUUCAGGCAAAGAUGUGUGACCCAGCAGAAAAUUUUAGACAGUGCACAACACGCCUGAAGGAAGUACUUAUUCAGCACAAACCUUCUCUUUUCCAGCAUGUGGGUAUACAUUCAUCAUUUCCCGGAAAAGAACAAUAUUUCAAAGACCCAGUAUUGGAACCCACUGUUUGCACCGCGGCGGGCGCUCAGGAUUCUCGGUCUCGGAGCGGAGCGGCGCGAGCCCAGGAGGAUGCGCAUUACUCAGGGUCCGUGGCGGUUGAGCCCCUGGCUGCAGGUGCCCAUCGCUCGCGCCUCUGGCCGCCGCCUCCUCACCGCUGGCUGCCGCUCGCGCAUGCGCGGUUAGCAGUCGCUGCUGGGCGACUGCCGGCGGGAUUGGUGUGGGGAGACGCGGGGACCAAGUGGCAGCGAGUCGGACACCUGAGCUGCCACUGCCGAAAACAGACCCGCAAGACAGGUGUGUGA